AUGGAAGUUCUUGGUUGUGUGUCAAGCACCAUGGGCUUGUGUUGCUCUCUGCAUGAAGUAAUUAGAGAAAAUUAUAAACACUUCAGAGCAUCCAAGAGGAGUAUUCGACGACUGGAUAAUUUGAUGCAAAAGUUGGAUGCUUGUAAGAAAGAUGUUGAACAUGAAGUAAAUCGAUUGUGCGGUCAAAACAGAGCAGAGCCAACAAAUGAAUGCGUUUUCUGGUUUGAGCGAGCUGAUCAGGUAAACACAGAAGUUAGCAACCUCUUGGAUGAAAAUGGCUCGCAUAGACCAACUAAAGGAUGCUGUUUCAUUUGUUCAAGAAUCAAAUUGGGGAAGCUUAUUGGGGAGAAGAUCAGAGAUAUUCAAGAACUUCUAGAUGGUGUUCCACGUUUAGAGGAUUAUUCAAUUGCUGUUCCUGUAAACAAGAGAGGUGAUGUUUUGUCUGCAAUACCAAUGGUGGAAUAUGAAACACAUAAACAAAUCCUUAUGGAGAUUUGGGGGUUCCUACUUGACAAAAAAGCCAGAAGGAUUGGUAUCUGGGGAAUCGGAGGAGUUGGUAAAACAACUAUCAUGUCAGAGAUUCACAACCGCCUAGUGAAAGGAAGGAGUCAAUUUAAUUGCAUUAUUUGGGUGGAAGCGUCAAAGGAUCCAAGAAAGGUGCAACAAGAUAUAGCUAGGAGAUUAGGUUUGACUUUUCAAGAUGCUGAUGAUGAAAGAGCAAGAGCUUCUAAAUUAUUAGAAGCUUUUGAUAGGAAGAAGACAUUUGCACUGAUUUUGGAUGAGGUUUGGGAGCCACUCUCUAUUGAAGAAGUUGGAAUUCCUUUUCCAACAGCAGAGAAUGGUUGUAAAUUAGUGAUAAUAACUCGAAGCCGUACAGUGUGCAAAGACAUGGAAACAGACAAGGAUGUCGAAGUGAAACUUCUUUCAGAGAAUGAAGCAUGGAAUCUCUUCAAUGACAAAGCUGGGGAACUUGUGCUAUCAGAUCCAGAUGUACAAUCAAUUGCAAUGGAAGUGGCAAAACAAUGCUGUGGUUUGCCUCUAGCUAUUGUUACAGUUGGGCGUGCAUUGAGAAACACAGUCGAUAUAAGAGAGUGGGAGGAUGCAUUACAAGAGUUAAGAACUUCAACUACUAGUAUUCACAACUUUGAGGAAGUAGUAUAUUCUCGUUUGAAGUUGAGCUAUUCAAAACUAGAGGAUGAUGCAAGGCGGUAUUGCUUUCUAUUUUGUGCUUUAUACCCAAAAGGUCAUCUAAUUGAUGAGAAUGAAUUGAUUAAUUACUGGGUGUGGGAAGAUUUAUUGGGUGGUGGAAGCAUGGCCGAGAUGAAACGAAAGGGACAAAAGAUUAUACGACAGUUAAUAUCUGCUUGCUUAUUGGAAUUAAAAAUUGAGAAUGGUGUGAGAUAUGUGAAACUGCAUGAUUUGAUAAGAGAUAUGGCCCUCACAAUCAUGAGUACAAAGCCUAGAUGCAUUGUGAAAGCUGGCAUGGGACAAGUAAAACUGCCGCCACCUCAGGAAUGGAAAGAAGAUGUUCAAUGGGCAUCAUUGAUGCGAAAUGAUGUGAAAUAUAUAAGAUUCAAUCCAAUGUGUCCCAGACUCACUUCUUUACUCCUUCAAUGCAACUCAUUUGAACAAAAUAUAUCAGAUGACUUCUUUGACAAUAUGCAAGGGCUAAAAGUUCUUGAUCUCUCCUAUACUGGGAUCAGAGCGCUGCCUAUGUCUCUUUCAGAUUUGAAGAAUCUACAUGCCUUGAUAUGUAGCCAAUGUUGGAAUUUUAUUCGUGUUCCUUCUUUAGCGAGGCUCACAAAAUUGGAGUAUUUAGAUUUUUCAUUUUCUAGAAGCUUGACAGAACUUCCAGAAGGGAUGGAACAUUUGACCAAUCUAAAACACCUGGAUUUCUCCUUCACAUCCGUCCAAAACUUAGGAGCUGGACUCUUGUCUAAAUUUACUCUUCUAGAGGAGUUGUUGAUUCUGGGUUCGCCUAUGAUGGGAGUAUCAUCUAAGAGUACAAAUUCUUACUCUUAUGCAGUUGGAGUUGAAGAAAUUGGAUACUGUCAUAAGUUGUCUCUUGUGCACAUGCAGCUACGUGACAUUACAGCUUAUAGAAGAAUUGUUAAAUGUCUCAAGUUUUCUCAAUUGAAGGAGUUCAAGCUUGUCGUUGGGUCUGUAGCCGGAUACGACACUUCACGAUUAUUUGAGAGAACUAGUUUAGCUAUAGAUUUGAGUGUUGGAGCAAGGAACCUUUCAAAAGCGGAGAUCACCGAAUUGAUUCCGAGAAAUGUGAUGGAGUUAGUAAUUCAGAAUUCUCAGCAUGUGAUCAAACGCUUGUCUUUGCACUUAUUGGAUGCAAUGUGCUUGAAAACUUGUGAUAUCACAUGGUGUUUCGGGAUGGAAUGCAUUCUGGAAAGUGUGGAGAACAAUUUGUGGCGGUUAGAGAAAAUGAGACUAUAUAAUUUGCCACAACUGAGGAUGAUAUGCGGGGAAGUUGUGAAACCAGGUACUCUAAAGAACCUGAAGAGUAUUCAUGUUGAAACAUGUGGCUCACUGAAAUUUCUGUUCCAAAAGCAGCUCAUCCUCGAACUUAAAAGUCUUGAAGAAAUUACGAUCGUCGGUUGCCCUAGAAUGGAAGAAAUUAUUGAAGGAGAGAGGAAUACAAAUGCUGAAGGCAGCAGCCAUGCAGCCAAAGUGAUCAUUCCAAAAUUGCAAAGGUUGAAAUUGAUUGAUCUGCUAAACCUGAGAAGCAUAUACGAUGGGGACAUUCAAUGUGAUUCUCUACGCACCAUUGAAGUUUUCCGCUGCGGUGCUCUUAAUAAAUUGCCUCUGGGUCUGUUCGGAAUAGAGGAAGGUCAGCAAAUAUCACCAUCAACUACUACUCUUGAACAAAUAUCAUGUGAAACAGAGUGGUGGGAAUCACUGCAGUGGGACCAACCGCAGGCUAAGCAUCUCCUUCAACCAUACCUUGUCGUCCAUCCUGGUGGCAGACUUAUUGUUAACCAUAUGCCUUUUAAGAAGGAUUUGGGUGUUGUUGCAUUUUCUCAAGAAUCAAGCGAGGGCAACUCAGAGGAGAAGAUCAUUGAUAUUAAUGAACUUCUAGAAACUGUUCCACGUGAAGAGUAUUCCAUUCCUAUUCCUAUAAACAAGAGAGGUGAUGUUUUGUCUGCAACAUCAAUGAUUGAAUACGAAACACAUAAACAAAUCUUUAUGAAGAUUUGGGGAUUUCUACUUGAUGAGAAUGCCAGAAGGAUUGGUGUUUGGGGGAUGGGAGGAGUAGGUAAAACAACUAUCAUGUCAGAGAUUAACAAUUGCCUAGUGAAAGGAAGUAGUCAAUUUAAUUGCACUCUUUGGGUGGAAGCGUCAAAAGAUCUAAAGAAGAUGCAACAAGAUAUUGCUGUGAAGUUGGGUUUGACUUUUCAAGAAACUGAUGACGAAUGA